AAGAAGCCUCAGCAGUUACACUUCCCAAAACGGCUCCAACAUUCACGGUUACAUUUCAGAUUCACACUUUCUGAGACAUUGUCGCUCUCCACCUCGUCCUGUCUGUACUGUGCUGCACACGCGUCUGGGAAUUGGAUAUUCUAUAACGUAACUUGACGGCGGUAGUAGUUGUUGGAGCAGCGUUAUCGGCGCCUCCUCGCAGCGGAUUUACAAAGCCUCUCUGGAGUCUGCGAUGAUAUUCAGCACCCUGGACAGAGACUGAGCAUUUCAGCACCCCGGACAGCGCCUCAGCGUCUCCUGAAGGCUGUGGAUAGGCUGGCACGUGGCGAGAGGGGGAAAGAUGGAGCUUCAGCCUGGUGUAAGAGCCUCCCCCCGGGGAAGCCGACAUCGGACGCAAGGCCUCAUGGGCCGUUGACCUGUUGUCUCCGUGAUUUAUGGCGGCUGGGGGCCUUUGGCCACUGCAGACUUCUCUCUUCUCUCUUGCAGGAUUGCAAGAAGCCACACACAUUGCACCACCAUCUACAGGAGACUCCAAAGAGGAAUUUCUUGCACAUGCUGAAUUGCAGCACACACAUGCAUACAUGCAUAAAUCCGCAAGCCACACUCUUGCUUCCUACACUGUCGCAUAUAAAAACAAACGCCUCCACAAACAAUUCUACACUGCAGCACUGGGUCCUGCAGUCUCAUCACAUGUCCAUUAGACCGAGUCCACUCUCAGAGUAUUCUCCAUUUGAUAGUGUGUGGAUUACUAUCUGUCAUGGGGCGCCAGCUCUAGACCCCCUAGCGAAGCUGCUAUUCAGGGGAAGAGCUGGAUCAGUGGAAGUGCACUAAGUAACGAGGUGAUGUUUAUGUUUUCUUGGGGCCUGAGAGCAAUCAGCAGCCAGGAUCUCCCCACUGACUCCACAGAAAUUCUGCUUCUAUGCUGCAACAAUGAUCCUCCUCAAUGGACUAUUAGUACAGUGACUUAUAGUAUUAUUUUAAUAUCAGACACACUGUAGUUGGACUUUUGCUCCUGUGCACACCAGAGCUGUCAGAGCACCUUAAAUACCUUUUAUUCUCCGGCAUUAAAGGUUUGGAGAGAAUUAAAAAAAAGUGUUUACCUUUAGGACUAUCUUUACUUUUGAAAGCCGUGGACUGAGAGUGAGAGCUAGUAGGUGCCCUCACCAUGGUGUUGCCACCCCCAGACAAACGCCACGUGUGCCUGACCACCAUCGUCAUCAUGACAAGCAUGGCCUUCAUGGACGCCUACCUGGUGGAGCAAAACCAGGGUCCUAGGAAGAUUGGUGUGUGCAUUAUAGUGCUGGUAGGGGACGUAUGCUUCCUCAUAGUGUUACGAUAUGUGGCAGUGUGGGUGGGUGCAGAGGUACGCACAGCCCGACGAGGGUAUGCCAUGAUCCUCUGGUUUCUCUAUAUCUUUGUCCUGGAGAUCAAACUCUACUUUGUCUUCCAAAAUUGCAAAGCUGACAGGAAGAGUCUGGAGACAGUAGCACGGAAGGCUUUGACGUUAUUAUUAUCUGUGUGUGUACCAGGUUUAUACUUGGUUCUAGUGGCUCUGGAUAGUAUGGAAUAUGUAAGAACUUUCCGAAAGAAAGAGGACAUGAGGAGCCGUCUGUUCUGGGUGGCUCUGGAUCUGCUGGACCUGCUGGACAUCCAAGCUAACCUGUGGGAGCCACAGCGGACAGGCCUGCCCAUCUGGGCCGAGGGCCUGAUGUUCUUCUACUGCUACAUCUUGCUGCUCAUCCUGCCCUGUGUAUCACUCAGUGAAAUCAGCAUGCAGGGGGAGCACAUGUCACCCCAGAAGAUGAUGCUGUACCCGGUACUGAGCCUGGUCACCAUAAAUGUGGUCACUAUCCUUAUACGUGGUGUAAACAUGGUGUUGUUUCAGGAUAGCCGUGUUUCUACCAUCUUUGUUGGCAAGAAUGUAGUGGCCAUUGCCACCAAGGCAUCUACCUUCCUGGAGUACCGCAGACAGGUGAAGGAGUUCCCCCACCCGCAGAACGCCAUGGCACUGGAGCUCCAACAGAACUCUGUUAGCCACACACAGCAGCUGCCUAAUGCCACCAGUUUGCCACACGAACCUUCACCUGCACAGGACGUCAUUGACACAUGACCGCCAGCGCUGGACUAGUGCCAUUAGAUACUGACUGCUUUUUAUGAAAGCUCCAGGCAUUGAGGUAGAUAGAGAAAUCAGCUGCAUGACAGGAUGAUAGUCUGCUCUUGUCAAGCCCACAUGAACGACUGAGAAACCAUAAAAGAGCUUUUCAGCAUCACCUGCCUGUCAGAACAUACUGCAAACCUACAACUGACUCAGAGUGUGCAGACUUUAAAAUCAAGUCAAGGUCAAAGUUUUUAUCAUGUUAUUGUGUUUUUAAUUGUUUAAAAAUUCUAAAUUUAUAAGAGACAAUCUACAAACUAAGCAGCCUGGUGACAUUAUGCUGUGUAAAAUGAAGAGUUGGUCCUCCCUCGGUGAGUAUCUUGUGUUUAUUUUUAAAGGUCACUUUUUCGACAGUGCAUCUGUGGCAUUUCCUUUUGAUUCCAGCACAAAAGGACAUAGCACUCAGCGUGAAGCAUUGAUGGAGAGGAGGAGCAGAGAGUGACAGGUGUCAGUCAUGAGGGGCUGUCUGCGCUGUGCUAGAGCAAAGUUGGUGGCAAACUAAUGCUUUUCCUUCCAUGUUUGGUUCUGCUGAAAAAGAAGCUCUGUGGAAGCCGUUGCCUUGGUCAGUGUGACGCUUAACAACCAAAGGUCAGGUUAAAGUAUCAGAGCUCAGCACUAUAACAUCCACCGAAGGCACUCAAGAGUGUGUGUGUGUGCAUCCGCUUAUGUGCAUGCACACGUCUGUAUGCCUGAAAGCGUACGAGUUCACCACAGGAGGUUUAGGUUAUUUCACAUUAUUGUGGAAGAGAUGCGAGUGGUUGAUGUGUGUGAUGAAUUGCAAAUGAUAAAAAAUAUAUAGUGAUAUCAGAAAAGAACAAGAUGAUGAUGGAGGAAAGAUACUUUCUCUAUCCUGUACUGUACAUUCCUCUAAAACUAGUUUAAGCCUUGCAAUCAAAGAAUGCAGUGAUCCAGACAGCGCCUCACUGAAGAAUUAACAAAAGAAAAAAGCAUUAAUACAUUAACAUUCAAAAAGAAAAUACUUUUCCUGAUGUUAUUCGGUUUAUUAUUAUUACUAUUAUUAUUAUGUACGUAUAUUCUUCACUUGU